AUGAGGAUGUCCACCAUAUCAAGUGCCAAUUUGAGCUUCUCCACAUUCCUGCUGACAGGUUUCCCAGGCCUGGAAUGGGCUCACCAUUUGAUCUCACUGCCCAUUUUUGUAGGAUACCUCAUGGCCCUCUUGGGUAACUCCACCAUCUUGCAUCUGGUUCGAACUGACCCUUCUCUCCACCAGCCCAUGUACUACUUUCUGGCCAUCCUGGCUGUGACAGACUUGGGCCUAUGCAUGUCCAGGCUGCCCUCGGUGCUGGGUGUGCUGUGGUUUGAUGCUCGGAAGGUGGGCCUGGUGCCCUGUGUCCUGCAGCAGCACUUCCUACACUCCUUCUCCUUCAUGGAGUCCGCUGUGCUCUUUGUUAUGGCUCUGGACUGUCUAGUGGCCAUCCGAUUCCCACUGCGCUAUGCAUCUGUGCUUACGGGUCCUCGUGUGGCAUUGGCUGGGGUUGUGCUGGCUACACGGAGUGUCACCAUCACUGCUGCACCUUCGUUGCACCUAUUGAACUUUAACUACUGUCGCCGUGGGGCACUGUCCCAUGCUUACUGUCUUCAUCAGGACAUGAUCCGCCUGGCCUGCUCUGACACACAUUUCAACAGACUCUAUGGGUUGUGCAUGAUCAUGCUGACCAUGGGCUCUGAUGUCCUUUUCAUCCUGCUCUCAUACACGAUCAUCCUCUACACCGUGUUAGCCAUUGCCUCUGCAAGGGAGAGGCUUAAGGCCCUCAACACCUGUGUCUCCCACCUCCUGGCUGUGCUCUGCUUCUAUGUGCCUGUGCUAGGCUUGUCCAUUGUGCAUAGAUUUGGGCAGCACACCUCACCCUUGGUGCACAUCCUCAUGGGCACUGUCUCUGUGCUUUUCCCACCUCUGAUGAACCCGGUUAUCUAUAGCAUCAAGACCCAACAAAUCCGCAGGGUCAUUCUCAAGGCAGUUUCACUGGGAAAGAUACAAUGA